AUGGCAAACAAGUUUGGAUUAGGGUCUUUACCUCUAGAAUCUAAAAAUCCCAUGAGUUCUACGGCGUUUAUAAACAAAGCAAAACCUUUUUUCGUGGAUCAAAUCGGAGACACCUUACAAGGGGAUAUCGAUAUGAACAAUUUCAAAAUAACUAAUUUAAAGUUUCCAGGAAAUGAUAACGAUGCCGUGAACAAGAAAUAUUUACUGGAUCAAAUAAACGCAAUUCAAAUAGAUAAGGACCAUGUUGAAAAUAGAAUAAAUGACGUGAAAAGAUUCAUCAGACGAAAUAUUAAAAAUCUUGUGGACGAACCCAAACUACAACAAGAGUUAACGAGUUUGAAACAUCUUAUUCAAGUGGAUAAAACAAGUCAGUUGCAAAAUUUAAUAUCUAAAUUAGACGAUAAGAUUACGAAGGUCAAUCUUUUGGUAUCUAAAAUUCAUGACGAUUUUUUGAGACAAGAGAGAAAGUUGAGCAAAUUAGAAGCUAUUGUCACGGACAAAUCGUAUUAUUUCAAUCUUCCAUUCGAAAGUGACACUGUCUUCGAUAGAAAAGACCAAAUUUAUAAAUCAAACAAAUACGGAUUCAAAGCAGAAAUAAAAGUAGGUACUCUCGCAUACGGAGAACCUAAAAACGUAUUCGAUAUUGGCGAAACAGAAGCGUUUACUUUUCGAGGUAAUUGUCUGAUUCAAAUAGAGUUUCCCAUGAAGGUUAAAGUCAAUAAAGUAGUCUUCAAACAAACCGGUAAGGGCGUCAAACAUAUUUCAUUAUUCAAUGAUGGUAAUUUGGAAGAGAAUAUACGUUUGAUUGAUAAAAGGGAUCAGGAAAUUGAAACGAGAAAUGGUAAAUAUGUAGACACCUUUAAAAUGGAAGUAGAAAAUGAUAAGGAUAUCAUUGGAAUCAAAGAUUUGGAUAUGAUAUUGGAGACGGAAAAUCCACCAUUAACCAACAUUGUCAAAAUUCCAUUUAUAAUGCCCGUAUACGUACCCGAACCAAUAGAAUCGAGCAGUCACGAGUUUUUAUGA